CCGCCAUCUGCGUCUUCACAACUGACUGCACAGAGGCGUACCUGCGGUGCAGGAGUCCGUAUUAGUGAAGCAUUUCUAUUCUCGUCACCCGGCCGUCCAUCUCGGGGGUCCCUUAGUUCCGCUUGCCUCAUAAGGAGUCCUUCGGCGAUUCUCGGAUCCGGGUCUGUUCCCAGUAGACGUAAUCUAGCUGCGGAUCACCUUGGUCUACAGAAGCGAGUUGGCCUAUCUUGCUUUAGUCGAGCUGAUAGAACUCCGCCUUGUCAGAAAUAUGGGUCAAAAGAUAAGGAUAUACUGGGCUCUAGAGAGUCUAUGUGUAAAAUUGGCAAGGAGAAUGAGGCUAUCUCUAAGCCAUGUUCCAAUACAUUGGAGCCAACCAAACAAGGGGGUUUCUCUCGUCGUUCUUGUGGAGCAGCGAAACGACAUGCUCCUUCCCACCCUGAGAAUCCACUUAUAAAACGACAGAGGCCUAUCAGUGUCUUCACCGCCCUAAAGGUAUCCUUCAAAGUUAUCGGCCGCAGUCUGCCAUAA